AAAAGGAAAGGUAGAAAUUGUUUGAGAGAGGGAAGUGUAUUGGCAGCAGAACGAGAGAGAUAGAGAGAGAGCGGAACGGGGAAGGAUCAGAUCAUUUGCGCGUUGUUGCUCACCUUGACCUUCAUCAUGGAAAAAGAUUUCGAGAUAGAAGAGAAAAAGCAAGCUGCUGCUGAUGUGUUGUUUCAUUAUUCAAAAUUUGUGAUGGCAUGCAUUGGAAAUCGGGCUCGACCAUGCGAUAUGAGGUUACACUUGAUGAAGGAGAUCUCAGGUAUGCCAACUUCUCUAAAUAGGGAAUCACCACACACGGCGGCAUCUCCUGAUGCAAUGGGUGAGUCAUCAAGCACAGGAACAGCAAGACUAGAUAAGGCAGACAGUUUUCGGGCGCUGUAGUUGAAAGUGGAUGAUGAUUAUGUUUUCUGUUUGGGGUUGUGCAUAGCAUGUGGUUGUUGCUAGAUAAUAACGGUAUGUGAGUAUACUUGAAUAAGGAUAGAGUAAUUAGUAGAUGUUUAAGUAGAUUCUCUUUUAAUAGUAUGGAAUAGACAGUUAUCACUACUAUAAGUUCUGACUUAUGAAUGAGAUAUGGGAUACUUUCAAUCA